GCCUCUGCAGAACAGGCGGAAAGCGAGCUGUGUUUAGAUUGAGAGCAGUCAGAAAGGGAGCAGUGUUCAGAUAGCUUCAGCACUAACGGACCUAAGUUUGCACUGCUGUUGCUGCUGAUGUUGCUGUAACUGCACAGAGUCGGCACACUUUUGGCACUGUUUUUGAACUGAAGCCAAUAGAAAAAGAAGAAGGAAAAGGCUGAACAAAACCGCUGAAAAUAGGAACUUCUUAACCAAUACAAUGAAGUCACUCAUUGUCAUCUCAGCAAUGCUGAGUGUUCUUGUCCCAACCAGAGCAUCAUCUCACCAUUGGCUGACAUCACACAAGCUAGGAAGUAAAACAAAAUAUGAACACAAAGGUUGUAACUGUUUAAAUGGAGGGACAUGCAUCACUUAUCACCUCUUUUCUCGAAUGAAACGCUGUGUGUGCCCUGAAGGAUACAGUGGAGAUCACUGUGAAAUCGAUAAUGAAAGUCGCUGUUACAGUGGCAACGGGGAGGACUACAGAGGUACCAUGUCUGUGACUGCAAAUAAUGAAAGGUGUCUGGAGUGGAGUUCCCACAUACUUCGGAGAUGGCAUUACAAUGUGGACAGGCAGGAUGCCAUGGAGCUUGGAUUAGGCAAACACAACUACUGCAGAAAUCCAGAUGGUCAAUCCAAACCAUGGUGUUAUGUUUGGAAAGGAUAUCGAACCACUGAGACCCCCUGUGAUAUUCCCACGUGUGAAAGAGAAUCAACUUGUGGCCAAAGGAGCCUCAGAAAGACCUUUAAGAUUGUGGGUGGACAUAAGGCAGCUAUUGAAUCUCAGCCUUGGAUAGCAACAAUCUUCCAGUCUACGAGGAACAGAGGUUACAAUCGUUUCCUUUGUGGUGGUAGCCUCAUUGAUCCAUGCUGGGUCCUUACAGCAGCACAUUGUUUUGAAAGCAGAACUUUCGACACAUCCAGAUUAAGUAUCAUCCUCGGAAAGUCUGCACUGAAUGUUACCGAUGCAGAGGAGCAAAGUUUUGCUGUCGACAGGCUUAUCAUUCAUGAGGGAUAUUCAGAACAAAGAGGGGACUAUGAUAAUGACAUUGCUCUAAUAAGGAUCAGAUCAUCCACUGGCCAGUGCGCAGAAGAGACACCCGUUGUCAAAACAAUCUGCUUGCCACCUCGAAAUUUACAACUGAGUGAAAAUUUCCAAUGUGAAGUUUCCGGCUAUGGGAAAGAAAAUAAGACUGAAAUUUACUACUCAAGGAUACUAAAAUCAACAUAUGUGAAAACGCUAUCUCAGUCCAAGUGUCAGAAGUACUAUGAAGGCCGCACAGUGAAUGGCAACAUGUUCUGCGCUGCCGAUAAAGACUGGAAGACUGAUUCGUGCAAAGGAGAUUCUGGUGGCCCCCUUAUUUGCGAGUACAGAAACAAGCUGAUGCUGUAUGGGAUUGUCAGCUGGGGUGAAGGCUGUGCCGAAAAAGAGAAGCCCGGAGUCUACACAAGGGUGACCGAGUACCUCCCUUGGAUUGAAUCCCAUAUGAAUGGAGUUAAUUUCAAAAGUUACUACUUUCCCAAAUGAAGAUAGAGGAUUUCCUUGAAGCAUGGGGUUAACCAUAUGCUUAAAUCACAGAACUGAGCCAAGUCAUGUCACAGUGCAUUGAAACUCAGAGUCUUGUCUUGGGAUAUUCUUCCUGUUUCAAAGCGACCCUUUUCUAUUCUCUUGGGCUGAAUGGUUACCAUUUGCACCAUUUUGCCUGAAGUAGAAUUCUGUAGCCAUCACUGUGAACGGUGGAAGGGCCUUUCUAUGGAAAAGCAGCAACAAUAUUUAACAUUUAAAGAAGAGGUCUUUUUACACUCUACAGGCUACAUUAUGACCAAGAGUCAGUAUUAUAUUAUGCCAGUAGUUUUUUUAAAAUGCAGUUUUAAGAUCAGUUCACAAUGUCCCAUUGGUUUGUGCCCUCCUGAGAAACACAGAUGUCCAUUGUACUCAAUGGGCUUUAAAGAAGCUUGCCUUAUUACUUUCUAUGAGAGUUAAAUGACUUCAGUUUUCAAUGGAUCCCCAAAUCUGGAAACAGUUUUGAGGACAACUCAAAGGAAAAAUCCAGGCUGGGCUGGGAGGCAGGCAAGUGGUUUGUGGGUAUCUGUCAGCACUUGAGUCCUGCUAAAAGUAGAGUGAAGCAAGUAUUUAGAUACAAGAAAUGUUCUUGAAAUAGUUGACUUUCCCAUGAUGUACGUUGUCCUUUACACUUAACAGGGCUUCUAUGUUUUUAGUUCAGAUUUUUUUAAACCAUGGUAGAAAGACUGUUCUAACUUGCAUGAAAUUAAGGUCAAGAAAUUGAGUUGUCCAUAAGGUUUUUUUAAUUGUAUCAGAGCGAGUCGCUUCUGGUGUAAGAGAAUCAGUCGUCUACAAAGACGUUCAAGGGAUGCCCGGAUAUGUUACCAUCCUGCUGGGAGGUUUUCUCAUGUCACUGCAUGGGAAACUAGGGCUGACAGAUGGGAGCUCACCCCAUCUCGCAGAUUCAAACUGCCAACCUUCAGGUCAACAGUUCAGUCUGCACCACUUCACCACUGCGACCCCGUCCACAGGGUCAGUUGUCGAAAGGUUGAGGUUUGCGGCUCUGCAAAGCAGUUACAAGAGCAUCACUUGCAAAUUCAUGCUGUUUCAUUGGUGUUCCUAAGAAUAGACUUUGCAAAAGACUCCAAAGUUCCUUAACUAGCACAAACAUUUUCCAAAUUAUUCCUAUUACUCAAAUGCUCAUAGUUUUGAUUGAUUGUACAAUAGUGAAGUUAUUUCUGCUUGGCCAAGAUAACUCGAUGAGUUAAUAGGAAAGCAGGGGAUUGAACCACAAGGUGCCACGUCUAAGUUCCUCAGGCUAGUCACUGAACAGAAUGCCUCUUAGUAGGAGAUACUAGGAAGUGCAAACCCUGAGUUGUGCUUCAUUAAUAUAGUACGACCCCCAUAUCCAUGCGGGAUACACUCCCAGAUUUGACAUGGAUAUAAUAAACUGGAUAAUAGAGAACUCCAUUGAAAUGAAGGACUUUAAGAAUGCAGAGUCACACUAGAUAUCAUGUUUUGUUGGACAUGGAUAAAUGAAACUGCAUGUGACAGUUUUGUGGAUACAGGGGUGCUACUGUACUAUUUUGGAGUACUUAAAAUAUUAACCUGCCCAAACACUUCUUGCAUUUUAAUUUUAUUUUGCAGUGAGAAAUUGGUACAACCUGAAUGUCACCUGUAAAACAUUUUUUAAAGCAGCAACUUUCAGGCGAACAAGUUUGGUUUCUAAAGGAAAUAUACAUUUCAGGUUUAGCAAAUACAAAUCCACAGAAAUUACUGGGAUUUGGAAAAAGAGCACUGUAUUAUCAUAUGGCGGGGCCUCUGGUGGCAUAGUGUGUUAAAGCGCUGAGCCGCUGAACUUGUGGACCAAAAGGUCCCAGAUUCAAAUCCCGGGAGCAGAAUGAGUGCCCGCUGUUAGCCCCAGCUCCUGCCAACCUAGCAAUUCGAAAACAUGCAAAUGUGAGUAGAUCAAUAGGUACCGCUCCGGCGGGAAGGUAAUGGCGCUCCAUGCAGUCAUGCCGGCCACAUGACCUUGGAGAUGUCUAUGGACAACACUGGCUCUUCAGCUUAGAAAUGGAGAUGAGCACCAACCUCCAGAGUCGGACAUGACUGGACUUAAUGUCAGGGGAAACCUUUACCUUUACCUAUUAUCAUAUGGCACUCUUCUGGUAUGUUGACAUUAACACAGUCUCUUUGAACACUUGGUUUCCUACUUAAGGUCUCAUCUUUACCUCUGUAGAUCAAUGACAGCAUUUCAUCCAUCAACAUGUUAUAUAGACACUUUAAUGAUAUUAUUCUCCUAAAUAAAGCACUGAUGAAUUAAGAUACAAGUGAGUAUAAGGCAUCACACAAAACAAGGUUAGGUAUCUUGGCGCCAUCUGGAGUCAAAGAACUUGGCUUAUAUUGGGAUAAGAAGAACUGUAGUCCAAAACACCAGAAGUGGUUGCCUAUAUCUCAUGUAUCUCAUAGCUAGAUUAGAGAUUUGAACUGGUUUAACAGAUUCCCUCUUGAGAAAAACUUGGAACUGUAAUAUUGAGAGGCAGUACAGAUGUGGACAAGGAGCCCAUCUUAAAACAUAUUCAGAGCUCUCCCAACAACAGUUCACAGAAUCCCAUGCAGGAGAUUGCAAGUGACAUGAAAGUAAUACACUUUGGCCAUAGAGCUAUGACCAUGGUUUUGCUAUCAGGUUAUCUCAUUCUUAUUAGAGGGAUCCCCUCAUGUAUUUCCAUUUCUGAAAGCCUUUACAAAGCUUGCAAAGUCUUACACUGUGAACAUAGAGAACAGAGGGAUGGGCUUUAGCAAACGUGGGUGCUCCCUUAUAACAAAGAAUGUUUGUAAAUAUAUUGUUCAGCAGUUGAAUUGUUUUCUAAGACUCAAACAGUAGACAGGUUUUAAAUGUUUUUUUAUUCAAUGAACAUAUGUAUGUGGGGGGGCUGGAACCCCUACUUUUAUUUAAGGUUUUUACUGUAUUUAAGUUAUUCUCUGUGGAUCUCAGGUUUUGAAGGUCAAUAAAAUAUCACCGAUAUAUGGA